AUGUACAUCGACCAGAGGAUGUCCCCCGUGCCCAUGCCGGUGCCAGUCAGUGGGCCCUAUGCGAUGAUGAGCCCGCCGCCAGCUGUCUCAAUGGCGGGCAUGCCCCUUCCUUGGGGUGCCUACCCGCCCCAGCAGUAUGGCGUGCCGGGGAUGAUCCCUCCGCCCAUCCAUCCUGUGGCCAUGGAGGGUAUGCCAGCGGCUGCGAGGCCGCCCAAGCCGGUCAGGCUGCCCAUGUGCGCGCCCAUGCCGAUCCCAGCAGGCGUCUCACCACCUCCGCCGGUGCUGCAUGGCCGCACGAGUGUGCCUGUUGAGAUGCAAGGGGGCCCCACACCACUGAUGGUGAGGGCGAGGAGCGCCACACCAGAGCUGGGCGGCAGCCCGUCGCCUGUUGGGGGCAAAGAGAAGAGCGCAAGGAGGUUCCGGUCGAUGGAGGCUGCCCUGGCGUGGUGCCACGUGCAGCACUCGCAGAAGCAGGUGCCCGUGGUGCCCAAGGAGGAUGUGAAGAAGCUGGUGGAGUUCCAGCUGAGCUCAGGAAAGCCCAUCUGCGCGCCUUGGUACCGGCCCCAGAAAGACGAGGAGGAGGCAGAGAGCCAGCGCGAAGUGGAGAGCGAGCAGGAGGUGAAGAGUGUUCGGGAGGUGGAGAGCGAGCAGGAGGCAUUGACCGAACGGGAGAGCCAGCAAGAUCCCGUUGAGCCCGAGGCCCGGCCAGGGUGGGUUUCACCACCCCCCGAGGAGCCGCCGAGGCCGUCCACGCCUGUGGCCGAGGACCCAUCCAGUGACGAGGAGCACGACCUCGCCGUGGCGCAGAUCGUCGUGAAGCCCCAGAGGCCCGUGGCGCCGCUGCGCACGGCCCCGAGCCGCGCGAACCCCGCUGCUGCCGCCAUGAGGAUGGCGCCCAUGCCUCCCAUGCAGCAGAUGGUGUCUUCCCCUCCUGCUGAUGCACCGCCACAGUCAGCGAGCCCGACGCGGAUGAGUGCCAUGGUCGCGACCCCGGUUCGGAUGCCCACCAGCCCGACAAGAAUGAGUCAGAUGAUGACCACGCCCUCACCGGUGAGGAUGUCCGCCGGCCGGGUGUUGCCCACGCCACAGAGGCGCUGCGCUGGCGCGCUGCCUCACUACAGGGCGGAGGCAUCCCCGAGGCGCAUGAUGGGGUACACGCACACGCCCAAGCGCACGGGAGGGCACGCCGGCCACAGGGGAUCCAUGAGGAGGCCGCCGCCACAUGGCACGGGUUUUUUUGUGCCUGCAGGCAUGGUCUUGCCUGCCUGA